GCGGACAAAGCUUUUUUUUUUUUUUUCGAAAUUCAACAACAACCCUAGAUUAAAAAAAAAAAAAACCAGUGUCUGCAUAGAGGCAAUGUAGAUUUGAUUCUUGCUGAAAAAUGGACAAACCUCAGAAGAAUCCUACUUCCCAGAUCGGAACUUCAACUCCCAAAUCCAAAUUCGAGGAUUCUCCAGUGUUCAACUACAUAAGCAAUCUCUCUCCAAUUGAGUCGGUCAAAUCUAUCUCCACUGCUCAAACGUUUAGCUCUCUGAGUUUCACAUCUCCUCCUCCUGUUUUUACCUCUCCUCACGUCAAUUCUCACAGAGAAUCUAGAUUCUUCAGAUGUCAUAACUCUGUUGAUCGUGCAAAGCACUUAGAGUCUUUAGAUGGAUCUGCUAUUAAAGAAGAAGGUGUAGUACCAUUAGUUGAAGAUCUAAAUAAAGAAGCUUCUUUGGAAGAUGAAGAAGAAACUUCCGUUGAAACGUCUUAUGAGCUGCCACAGAUCUUGAAGUUUGGCAGCCAAACUCCUGAGGAUAGUGAUUCUCCUUGCAGUGAAGAUGUUGUUAUUGAAGCUUCAUCUGAUCCUCCUCGAGGAGACGGUGGUUCGUCUUCCGAGGAUGUUAAGAUGGGGCUUCAGAAUAUGCUUGUUGUUCGGGAAGAGAAGGACACUCCUGAUUGUGGACGUUUGAUCUCAGAUGCUACUGAGCUGUUAGUAUUUCGGUCUCCGAAUGAUUCAGAGGCUUUUAGAUGUUUGGUGGAUAAAAUAUCGAGCUCAGAAAGACGGUUCUGCGCUGGUGUCAAGUCAACAAAGCGGCCUAAAAUCACUGAAGAUAUUCCAGCCAAUGGAUCCAGUAAUGAAAAUGAGCCUUUAGCUGUGCUUCCCAACGAGUCUGUCUUUAACUUGCAUCGUGGUGGCAUGCGAAGACGCUGCCUUGACUUUGAGAUGCCAGGGAAGCGGAAGAAAGAUAUAGCUGAUGAUCAGCAAUCUGUGUGUGACAAUAAUGUGGCUGGUGAAUCUUCCUCGAGAUGUGUUGUACCUGGUAUUGGUCUUCAUCUUAACGCCGUUGCAAUGUCUGCAAAGGACAGUAACAUUAAUCUCAUACAUGACUAUUCCAUAUCUGGGGAGAUUCAAAAGAGUUUCUCAGGCUCUAUUACUCCAAUUCACUCCCAAGACACUGUGCAAGAAACUUCGGACCAGGCAGAAAAUGAACCUGUAGAAGAAAUUCCCAAAGCAUUGGCAUUCCCAGAGUUGAAUCUGGGCAGUCUUAAGAAAAAGAUGCGUAAAUCUGAACAAGCUGGAGAGGGGGAGUCAUGUAAGCGAUGCAACUGCAAAAAGUCAAAGUGUUUGAAGCUUUACUGUGAAUGCUUUGCUGCUGGGGUUUAUUGCAUAGAGCCAUGUUCAUGUAUAGAUUGCUUCAACAAACCUAUCCAUGAAGAAACUGUUUUGGCCACCCGCAAACAGAUUGAAUCCCGAAAUCCACUUGCAUUUGCUCCUAAAGUCAUCAGAAGCGCAGAUUCCAUCAUGGAAGCUGGUGAUGAUGCAAGUAAAACCCCAGCUUCUGCACGACACAAACGCGGCUGCAACUGCAAGAAAUCAAACUGUCUGAAGAAAUACUGUGAAUGCUAUCAGGGUGGAGUCGGCUGUUCCAUGAACUGUAGAUGCGAAGGAUGCAAAAAUGUAUUCGGCAGAAAAGAAGGGUCUUUACUUGUUAUCAUGGAGAGCAAACUAGAGGAGGAUCAGGAGACAUAUGAGAAAAGAAUAGCAAAAAUUCAACACAACAUCGAAGUGUCGAAAGAAGUGGAGCAGAACCCAAGUUCUGAUCAACCUUCGACACCACUGCCACCGUACAGACAUUUGGUGGUUCAUCAGCCAUUCUUGUCUAAGAACAGACUGCCUCCGACACAGUUUUUUCUUGGCACGGGUUCUUCCUCUUUCAGAAAACCAGAUAGUGGUUUGACGCAAUCACAGAAUGAGAAGAAGCCUCUUGAAACUGUGGCUGAAGACAAAACAGAGAUUAUGCCUGAGAUUCUCCUCAAUUCCCCUAUAGCUAACAUCAAGGCUAUCUCUCCCAACAGCAAGAGAGUCUCUCCCCCUCAACCCGGCUCCUCGGAAUCGGGCUCAAUCCUAAGGAGGAGAGGUAAUGGCCGGAAGCUGAUACUACGGUCUAUUCCAGCAUUUCCUUCUCUCAACCCAAAUCAGUGAAUCAAAAACAAUAUGGUUAAGCUAUGGAAAAAUUCUUGUAUCUUUGUAAUGUUCCAGAUCCUGUUAGCCUAUCACUGUUUCCAUAACAUAAGACAUUAGCAACGUUCUUGUAAGAUACUUUCAUUCUAGUAGGUAAUAUAAUAUCACAUUCUAG